AUGCACAUGCCCUCUGUCCUCAGCUUUGUCGUCGUCCUCCUAGCCACUAGCCUUGCGUUGGCGAGCGAUAUCUGUACAUACGCCUCCACCAAUUGCGGUGGGUCGUAUGGUUGUUGUUCAAACAUUCCGUCAAAUGCUUGCUGCUCCUGGCCAAGCAAUUAUGGUCAGUCGGUGAGGUUCCAGAACAUGCCGGGGUCUUGGUUUGGAAGGACGUACAGCGAUUCUGCCUGCAAAGAUCAGGCGGCUGGAAUAGCUCCUGUGAGGAAUGUGCCUGUCUGUUCCAGCGUCACUUCAAGUUCAAAAGCCAAUUGGUUGUCUGCGAGCUGGGGUCCGGGUGGUGGUGGGUUUCGGAGACGCGAUACUGAAGGUCACGACGACGUUUUGAACUGUGUUCUGCCGAACGUGAUUGGGUUCACCACGGAGGAUGGGAAGGAGCACCUUGUCAAGGUCCCCGAAGGGACGGCCUUUGAUGAGCUGAACGAGUGGUCUUAUGCAUUCGGUGAUGUUCAAAGUAAAAUAGCUGGUGAAGGUCAAAGGUGCAAAACACUUCGACCAGAAGACACCCUCUGCCCAAUACUAGCGGACACUCUAAUGGUAACCUGGGUCGUUGCCAGAAACCCAUUCUUCAUUAUCGACCCGCCGGGGGUUCGAUUCCCUCUUAAUGCACUUCUUGUUCUGACAGGCAUGUAUUUUGUAAUUUUGGCGGGAAAAAGGCGUAUUUUCUUGAAUACUGUACCGUCCACCUUCAAGGCAACGUCUUCUUCUACAAUACCCUCAGGGUCAACCAACCUCGAAUCCUACCCAGCUGGCGCCUGUAUCACUACAAACGGUACAUCACUAUUGCUUGCCCUCCACCAAUUUCCAAGUCUACCACAGGCUCAAACACAACGCGACCCCAUUCUCAAUAAUCCCCAAAAAAAAAAAAUCUGGACGACCGCUUUCCCCCUCAAACCCACUCUUGGAUCCCACCCAGGGGACACUGGACGCCGAAACGCUAGCUUUGCGUUAUCGAGCUCGAGGACACCUUUUAAUUUGAAGAAGAAGAGGCGGAGGUGUGAAUUUUGGGUGAUGCAGGAAGACUCACAGGAGUGGAAUUUGACGGUUUGGAAUGCAACGUGUAAUGUCUGUCCCUAUGAGGUGAUCCUCCGAUCUGUGAUUGGAUUGCGUGGUUCCUGGGAGACGUCACCUAAUUGCUUCAUUCUGCAAAUAACUGUUGGACAACUAACUUGA